CACUGCAAAGUAAGUGCUUGUGUGCGUAUGAUUGCACAUCAUUGGUUCACAAAUAAAACAGGGAAGCAUAUUUAUACCUCCACUGACGUAUCCCACAAACAUGUUGAUUCAAGGCAACAUAGAAAAAAGAAAAGACUGAUCCCUCUACUUGAAAAUAAACAAAACCACACCAGGGCAGUUCAGAACCUGAAACCUUUGGCACUUGUCGCAGCUGAAAUUGGGUCAUACAAGAUCAACUCCCACAGUAAACAAGUGCAGACGACAGAGAAGGAGCCGGUCUGAGUGGAGGUUUAGGAUAUCUGACCAGACAAAGGAGAGCAGUCAUGCCCAGCUCAGGAGGAGCAGAUCCAAAGGGAGAAGAUUUAUCCACUGCCAUCCUGAAGCAGAAACACAGACCCAACAGACUCAUUGUGGACGAAGUGCUCAUUGAUCUCAACAAAGCUCACAAUGAAGACGGUAGCAUCGUCAGCCUGUCACAGGAUAAGAUGGAGGAGCUGCAGCUGUUCCGGGGGGACACGGUGGUGUUGAAAGGGAGGAAGCGUCGCCAAACGGUGUGCAUCGUCCUGACUGAUAACACCUGUGGGCAAGAACGAGCCCGCAUGAACCGUGUGACGCGCAACAACCUGCGUGUCCGGCUCGGUGAUGUCAUCAGUAUUCAUGCCUGCCCUGAUAUCAAGUAUGGGAAACGGAUCCAUGUCCUCCCAAUAGAUGACACCAUUGAGGGCCUGUCUGGAAACCUCUUUGACGUUUUCCUCAAACCGUACUUCCUGGAGUCUUACCGGCCCGUCCAUCAAGGGGACAUCUUCUUGGUGAGGGGGAGCAUGAGGGGGGUGGAGUUCAAGGUGGUGGAGACUGAUCCCGGCCCUCACUGCAUCGUAGCCCCGGACACUGUCAUCUACUGCGAGGGAGACCCAAUCAAAAGAGAGGAUGAGGAAGAGAGCCUUAACGAUAUCGGCUACGACGACAUCGGAGGCUGUCGGAAGCAGCUGGCGCAGAUCAAAGAGAUGGUGGAGCUUCCUCUCAGACACCCGGGCCUCUUCAAGGCUAUAGGAGUGAAGCCCCCCAGAGGGAUCCUGCUGUACGGCCCUGCAGGCACAGGGAAGACCCUGGUGGCCCGGGCUGUGGCCAAUGAAACUGGGGCCUUUUUCUUCCUCAUCAACGGUCCGGAGAUCAUGAGUAAGCUUGCAGGAGAGUCAGAGAGCAACCUAAGGAAGGCGUUUGAGGAGGCGGAGAAGAACGCUCCGGCCAUCAUCUUUAUUGAUGAGCUGGACUCCAUCGCUCCUAAGAGAGAGAAGGUGAAUGGUGAAGUGGAGCGGCGUAUAGUCUCGCCGCUCCUGACCCUGAUGGAUGGCCUGAAGCAAAGAGCUCAUGUAGUCCGUCAUGGCAGCCACAACCGACCAAACAGCAUUGACCCUGCUCUGAGACGCUUUGGCAGGUUUGACCGGGAGAUUGACAUUGGAAUCCCUGAUUCCACCGGCAGACUGGAGAUCCUGCAGAUUCACACCAAAAACAUGAAGCUCGGGGACGACAUUGACAUGGAGAGGAUUGCGAAAGAGACCCACGGUCAUGUAGGCGCUGACAUGGCUGCUCUGUGCUCUGAAGCUGCUCUGCAAGCUAUCCGCAAGAAGCUGACCCUCAUCGACCUGGAGGAUGAUACCAUCGAUGCAGACCUGCUCAACUCACUGGCUGUCACCAUGGACGACUUCCAGUGGGCGCUGAGUCAGAGCAACCCCUCGGCUCUGAGAGAGACUGUUGCAGAGGUGCCUCAGGUGAACUGGGAGGACGUUGGAGGACUGGACGAGGUCAAGAGAGAACUGCAAGAGCUUGUUCAGUACCCUGUGGAGUAUCCAGACAAGUUCCUGAAGUUUGGUAUGACUCCGUCUCGGGGAGUGUUGUUCUACGGCCCUCCAGGCUGCGGGAAAACUCUGCUGGCUAAGGCCAUCGCCCACGAGUGCCAAGCUAACUUCAUCUCCAUCAAAGGACCCGAGAUGCUCACCAUGUGGUUUGGAGAAUCUGAGGCCAAUGUCAGAGACGUGUUUGAUAAGGCCAGACAGGCAGCCCCCUGCAUCUUGUUUUUUGAUGAGUUGGACUCUAUUGCCAAAUCCAGAGGAGGGGGAGCAGGGGAUGGAAGCGGUGCAGCUGACAGAGUCAUCAACCAGAUACUCACAGAGAUGGACGGCAUGUCGGACAAGAAGAAUGUUUUCAUUAUUGGAGCCACGAACAGGCCAGACAUCAUUGACAGUGCCAUCCUGCGGCCGGGUCGUUUGGACCAGCUCAUCUACAUCCCGCUGCCGGACAAAGCGUCUCGCACAGCAAUCCUGAACGCCAACCUUCGCAAGUCUCCUAUUGCAAAAGAUGUGAACCUGGACUUCCUUUCUGGCAUCACUGAGGGUUUCUCUGGAGCAGACCUGACAGAGAUCUGCCAGCGGGCCUGUAAGAUGGCCAUCCGUGAGGCCAUCGAGGCCGAGAUCAAGGCUGAGCGCGAGAGGCAGAACCGACCCGGCGUCCCCAUGGAUGAAGACUUUGAUCCAGUCCCAGAGAUCAGGAAGGACCACUUUGAGGAGGCGAUGCGAUUCGCUCGUCGCUCUGUCAGUGACAAUGACAUCCGCAAAUAUGAAAUGUUUUCUCAAACUCUGCAGCAGAGCCGGGGUUUUGGAAACUUCAGGUUCCCCUCUGCUACGGGUACCCGGUCUGGAGGUCAGGGGUCAGACUCUGGGUCAGGGGGGCCGGGACUGCAAAGUGAGGAAAGCAAUGAUGAUCUCUAUCAGUGACAGAGUUGGGAAGUAGUGGAGUACAAAUACUUUGUUACUGUACUUAAGUACAUUUUUCUGGCAUCACUACUUUACUCCACUACUUAUUUUUCUGACGACUUUUUACUUUUACUUCUUACAUUUUCAACACAAAGCUGUACUUUCUACUUCUUAUAUUUUCAAAACAGGCUUGUUACUUUAGUUUUAAUCUGCGUUUGGUGGUGUGAUCAUUAUUAUUUAGAGUCAUUGCGUGACUAUUGAUUUGAACACGAUCCAUGUAUCCAUCAUUUCCUGGUCUUCUCUAAACAAGAGGGACCAAUGAGAAUGGCAGACAUUAGGGAGGAAGCGUAAGAGGCAGAGUUGUCGCAAGUUAGCGACAAGCGGAGAUAUUAAUCUCCCUCACCCAUGGCCAUACAGUAUUUGAGGGUGAUGCUCGAAAUGAUCGGCAUCAGAAGCGAUUCCUGGCGAUGUGUGGUUCAGGAAACUAUUGUUACGCUGAUGUGUUCAGCUACAAUGUUACUUCAUGUUAAUUUGUUUGGUUUUCGAAGACACGGACACAAAUACACACACAAAUACUGAGUUGGGUUGUUUAUUAAUUGAUCCAACAAUUUUAAAUAAAGUUCACUAUAUAA